CGAAAAUGUUUAUGACAAGAGGCAUGUGGUUUACGUCAGUGGACCCCCGGUGGCGUAUAUAUAUAAUCAACAAAAUCUGGUUUAAACUACAGUAGCAGGAUACCGGGAACAGCUCUUGCGGGAACUUUACAGCUCCGCUUUCUGCGAAGCGAUAUUGAUGAAAGCGUGACGUUACCUGAUAGAUUUGAUGUUUUUGCCGAAGAUGGGGCUUUGGUGUGUUUUAGUCGGAAGGCGGCACUUGCAGCACCACCUCCUUUUCGCCCUUCUGGCCAUUGGAUUUAUUCAGUCUGCUGUUCCUGCAGCAAAUCAACUACAGACAUCCCAGCAUCAGCCAAAGCACUAUGGGAUCACAUCCCCAAUCAGCCUGGCCCUGCCGAAGGAGGCUGACCUGGUGCUGACGCAGAAGCUGUGCGAGGCACUGAAGCCGUAUGCCGUGUUUGAGGAGGAGCUCGAGCUGCAGCGCAGGAUUUUGGUUUUAGGAAAAUUAAACUCACUGGUCAAAGAAUGGAUUAGAGAAAUAAGUGAAAAGAAGAAUCUGCCAGCCUCUUUAGUUGAAAGCGUUGGUGGGAAGAUAUUCACAUUUGGUUCUUAUAGGUUAGGAGUUCAUACAAAAGGCGCUGAUAUCGAUGCCCUCUGUGUUGCCCCACGUCACGUGGAACGCUCCGAUUUCUUCACCUCAUUUUAUGAGAAGCUAAAAGAUCAAGAAGAGGUUAAGGAUCUGAGGGCUGUGGAAGAAGCAUUUGUUCCAGUAAUAAAGUUAUCGUUCGAUGGCAUUGAGAUUGAUAUACUGUUCGCCCGCUUAGCACUGCAGACUAUCCCGGAAUCCCUGGACCUCAGAGAUGAUAGCUUGCUCAAGAAUCUGGACAUCCGUUGUAUUCGAAGUCUUAAUGGCUGCAGGGUGACUGAUGAAAUCCUGCACCUGGUGCCCAACAUUGAGAACUUCAGACUCACCCUCAGAGCCAUCAAGUUGUGGGCAAAGCGUCACAACAUCUACUCCAACAUUUUGGGCUUCCUGGGAGGGGUCUCGUGGGCUAUGCUGGUUGCCCGUACCUGCCAGCUGUAUCCCAACGCUGUGGCGUCCACCCUGGUGCACAAGUUCUUUUUGGUCUUCUCCAAAUGGGAGUGGCCCAAUCCGGUCCUCUUGAAGCAGCCAGAGGAAUGCAAUCUAAAUCUCCAAGUCUGGGAUCCCAGAGUGACCCCCAGUGACCGAUACCAUCUCAUGCCUAUCAUCACCCCUGCCUACCCUCAGCAGAACUCCACCUAUAACGUGUCUGUGUCCACCCGCACUGUCAUGAUGGACGAGUUUAAAUGGGGUCUUGCCAUCACAGAAGAAAUUAUGCUGAAUAAAGCAGACUGGUCCAAACUAUUUGAAGCACCAAACUUCUUUCAGAAAUACAAGCAUUAUAUUGUGUUGCUAGCAAGCGCACCGACCGAGAAACCACACUUGGAGUGGGUCGGCUUGGUUGAAUCGAAAAUCCGAAUUCUCGUCGGAAACCUGGAGAAGAACGAGUUCAUCACGCUGGCACAUGUGAAUCCGCAGUCUUUUCCAGGUCCCAAGGAAAGUGAAAAAGAGGAAUUCAGCACAAUGUGGGUGAUUGGCAUUGUCUUCAAAAAGAUGGAGGGGUCUGAGAAUCUAAAUGUGGACCUGACGUAUGACAUCCAGUCCUUCACAGACACUGUCUACAGGCAAGCCAUCAGCAGCAAGAUGUUUGAGUCGGACAUGAAGAUCACGGCGAUGCACGUGAAACGGAAACAGCUGCACCAGCUUCUGCCAAACCUCGCUGUUCACAAACGGCGUAAGCACUCCAGUGAUGGGGUACGUCUAGUGUCAGACAGCAGCCUGGACCUAUCCCUGGAUGGUGACAGCAGCAUGUCUGUACCAUCACCCACGGCCGCCCCCAAGACUUGCCCGCUCGUCCCUGCAGCCAGUCCGCCCAGGCACAGUCCUCCAGCUCCCCCAAGUGGCCCCUCGGACACCCAGGCCACUGCAGAUGCCCCCGGAGGACCCCUGGAGGGGACCAAGCCCCCCACGCCCAGACCCACCCUCAGUCGGCCCUCAUUCUCCGGCCGGGCUGUCAGCUGCUCCCCUCCCUCCAAUGGAAACCACCCCAAAAAAAGGCCCACGUCUCCCCCACCGGAAGAGAACGCCAAGAGGCCCCGUUUGGAUGAGGAUGGGAGGCUGGACGCAGCCACAUCUGGAGAUGGCAUGGCCGUGGGCGAUGUGGGCGAUGUGGGCGGCGUGGGCGGCGUGGCCACCGCACCAGUGGCAGUACCGAGCAGCGAUGAGGAAAUGAGGGAUUCUCAAGGUGAAGCCAAGGUGGAGACUGAAACCAAGGAGCCCAAUAAAGAUGAGCAAGCAGCGACCCUGGUGCCCAUUUCACAGAGAAUCUCCAGCACUGACCUCUCGGAAGGCCCCCCCCUCCCAGCCAAUCCCAUUCCAGUUGUGAAGAACUCCAUUAAGCUCCGGCUCAGCAGGUAGAAAUUGAGCCUCCGGAUGGCUCGCUAGCAGGAGUAGGGAUGCAUCAGCACAAGGAGCUCUCGGCUCAGAUUCCACACUUGCCCACAAGGGGGCAGUCCGUGCUGUGCACACUUCAAAGGCAUUAUCCUCCAGAACAGUAAUUUUAUACAAUAGUAAUAAUGCACAACUACAAUGUCACACCUUCACAGUGGUGCGUGUGUAUAUGCGUGAGAGCAAGGACAUGGGUCCUUAAUUGUUUACUCUUCCAGAUUAGAUUCUUACUGUGAUUGAUGUGCAACUGUUGUAUGACUGUGUACUUUAUUUCAAAAUGAAUGACCGCUUUUUUUCUUUUCUCUCCAAAUUAAGAACAAAAUAAUAAAAAUGGGGAAAAAAAAUGUUCCCUUGCCCUCAUAGCUUUUAAAGACAUAAUUGUGAAAACACGGCAAACAUUAAGCUAUGUUGUCAUUUGUUUUUCUUUUGGUAAAAAUUACAGUCGCUUCUACAAUUAAUUGGGGGAGUACUGGUCUGAUUAAGUCACCUGCUUAAAGAGGAAAAAGGAGGCUGACGAGGUUUGUACUUAGGCUUAACGCAAUUGGUCCAUUGCCUUCUUGUGGGCUGGGGAUUUCAUCCAAUGAUUAAAAGGGGAGUUCACCCUUAACUGGCAGCCUUCACACAUAUACUCUGGGGUACUGAUUAUUCCAUACAAUCAGACUUGCAUAGAACACUGGUUGAAUAUAGUGACCGAUUUUGCUUUCAGAUACAAUUGCAGUAUACCUCAGAUUUUGUUUCUGAAGAAAGUCAAAUCAUUUAGUUGCGUGUAUUCAUUUAGUUUUUGCCUGGGUUUUCGAAUGUGCUCAAAUAAAUAUGUUGUUAAUAAAACUGAUUUAACAUUGCAUAUUCAUAGUGCA